AUGGCAAGGCGUUCAAGGAAGGUAAGGCGUCAGCAGGCCUUCAUCAACAAAGAAAAGAAGGUCGCUCAGCAGAAGGAGACUUCUGAGGAGCCUGAGGAACAGACUGAAGCAGUGGAGGUCCUGCACGAGGAGACCCCUGAGGUGGAGGUAGAAGCUGAGGAGACUAUUGAGGAGUCUGAGGAAGAGGCUCCUCUCGCUGAGGAAGAUGACGAAGAGGAGGCCCAAGGGGAGGAAGAGGAGGCCUUAGAGGAGGAAGAGGAGACGGUUGAUCAUCAUCAAGAGGAUCUUCUGGGUGAUGAUGAUGAUGUUGAGGAUCUCGAUGAGGGCCUGCUGAUACCUGCUGGCAAGAAGAGGCCUCGCGAUGACAAUGACGAGGAAGAAGAGGAGGGGGAGGAAGUCUCCGGCUUUGGCAGUGAUGAUGAUGAGGAGGAAGGCGGGUACGUUGAUGAUGAGGAGCUGCCAGAUGAGGCCGACGAGGAGGAUCUCAAGCAAGCGGCUGCGAUGGAGGAGUUCGAGGAAGCUGAAGGAGCGGGGGAGGCAGCAAUCUCUUCAAGUGCCGUCGUGGACAUUCCUACUCUCAAGAAGCGCCUUGAGGAGGUCAUCCGUAUGUUGGCAGCUGGCAAGGAGGCUAUUCGUAAGCAGGGAUGCACCAGCAAGGAGUUGCGGGAGGAAUUGGCCCGACUGUGUGCCAACUACUACGGCUAUAAUGAAGAACUAGCAGCGUACAUUUUGGAUAUGUUCGCUCCUGGCGAAGCCGUGCAGUUAUUCGAGGCCAACGACAGGCCGAGACCGAUGACAAUUCGUGCCAACACCAUAAAGACUCGGAGGCGUCUUUUGGCACAGCAGCUGAUCGCUCGAGGCUGCCAGGUGGAACCAACGGGAGAGUGGACGAAGGUCGGCCUGACUGUGAAGGAGUCGAAGGUGCCUAUUGGAGCCACUCCGGAGUACCUCUCGGGCCGUUAUAUGCUGCAGUCCGCAUCAUCGUUCGUUCCUGUUCAAGCUCUCAAUGCCCAGCCAGGGGAAACUGUGCUAGAUAUGAGUGCAGCUCCUGGUGGCAAGACUACUUACAUCGGGCAGAUGAUGCAGAACCAAGGCGUUCUCUUUGCUAACGAUCUGAGGGAGGACCGAUGCACGGCUUUGAUCGCGAACGUGCAUCGUCUCGGCCUCUCCAACGUCGUGGUAACUGCUAUGGAUGGGAGAAAGUUGAAGGACAUGCUGCCCAAACUGGAUAGGGUACUCUUGGAUGCUCCUUGCAGUGGUUCUGGUAUCAUCGCUCGUGAUCCGAAGAUCAAAGUUAAGCGAAACGUCAAGGAGUUCACCGAGCAUGCUGCGCUUCAACGUGAGUUACUUCUAUCAGCGAUUGAUAUGGUGGACGCUGACACUAAAACUACAGGAGAAGGCGGUGUUGUUGUAUAUAGUACAUGUUCUAUGGCGGUCGAAGAAGACGAAAUGGUUAUCGACGCUAUUCUGAAAGCUCGCAACGUUCGCGUGGUUGCCUUCGACGACGUGGUCAACUUCGGCUCGGAGGGUUUCACUUCUUUUCGAGGAAAGCAAUUCCAUCCUAGUCUUAAGCAUUCGAGGAGAUUCUUUCCGCAUGUUCACAAUAUGGACGGGUUUUUCGUGUGCAAAUUGCAGAAGUUCAGCAACGAGAUUCCUCAACGUGUUAGGAAGGACCGUCGACCCACCGAAGCUGUUACGCACGCUUGGGGAGAAGACAAAUGGACUACUGAGUUCAUGGAUUCUGUGAUGGACGAUUUCCCUCAAGAAGAGGGUAAACUGCCGCCUCCUGAGGAAAAGAAAACGCAGCUGAAAAUGUCGAAGAAAAGACGGAAAUUGGAGAAGCAGAAGGCAACUCAGAAGGCUCAAGAGGAAGUAGAACCUAGCAAGGAAGAAGUUCAGAAGGCGAAAGCGUUGAAGAAACGGAAGUUCCAAAAGAAAGGGGGUAAGGCGAAGGCGUCCAAGGUUCCCUCCACGUGAUCAACCCUUCGCUACUUACCAACGUUGUUGUCUAUUACUAACGUAAAUGAUCUAGUACUACGAUAUUGUUUCUACCUCCUCG